AGGGAGUACUGUUCUGCACUGCUGUUGCUGUCAGCUUCUUCUGAAGUAGAAAAUGGGUUGUUGGUGUAAUCAUUUUGCCAGUGUCUCCCGGCAUCUUUAGCAGACGUGAUGGCAGUUGUGUCCGUGAUUUGGUGGCCCACGUGUUUCUAGUUUUGCUUUUGCGAGUGUUAAGACAAUUUGAUAUAAUUGUUAUUCUAGUGAUGCUCAUAGCAGUGACAGCAAUGCUCGUGUCCGCCGUUGAGUUGUCAACCGUAUUUUCGGUGUUUAUAGUGCUAAUAUGUUUAUUUGCAGUGGUUUUACUGGUUAUGAGGAACGUGGUGUUCAGGUUUCCCGGGGACGACAUGAUGUUUGGGGCGAGCCCCCUGCACAUCACCAAGCCGCCCAUCCCCCAGAUGAAGAUGAUGAAGGUCCACAUCCCCUUCACGUUCAAGCUGCAGGAGUCAUCCCGGUCCUCCUGCUGUGAGUUGCAGUGCACGGUGUCGAGCCAGGUGCCGUACACGCUGCAGGCGUUCUGGGGCGUCCCCAUCCGGGAGCUGCACCUCUUCCUGUGGCGACCCUGGAGGGCCAUUCAAGAGCAGGUGGCGGCCGGCUGCCUGCUGGAGGGACACUUCCAGCGCCACGGCGUUGUCGUCAAGAAGCUUCCUCACGGAGAAGAACUGUUGACAAUGUCACUCCCGCAACCCUGCCUCGACCUGGGGACGCCACCCCGGUUGCGAUACCCUCUCGUUAUCUUCAUCGUCCGAGAUGACCAGCACUCUGUCCACCCAGAUGAGACGGUGUCCCUGAUCAAUGUAGUCCACAUCAAGGACUCUGUUUGCACGCUGCCUACCAGCAUACUGGCACAGUACUUGAAGCAGGCGAAUGGACAGCUCUCCUGCCUUAAGCAACUGUACCUGGCGACAGUCAGCCUGGAGGAGGAGCCCGUGGUGUGCGCCCAGGGCGACGACCAGCUGUGCGUGGUGUGCCAGUACUUCCCCGUGUCGCGCGCCCUGCUGCCCUGCCGGCACACCUGCGUGUGCGCCAGCUGCUUCGGCAAGAUGGACCGCUGCCCCAUGUGCCGCGGCCCCAUCAGGAGCUACUUCUGCAUCCGCGGGGAGGAGUACAUGCCGGCCCCUCCCGCCGCCACCUCCAAGCCGACCCCCCUUCUCCAGUGGCUGCAGGACUGGAACGACCACCUCACCGACUUCCUUGGCUUCCAGCGGUGAGGCCGGGCCCGCCUGUGCUGUUCUGCUGCUGCCGAGCAGUUCAUCGUGUGUUUGUGUUUCCCCGCUAAGCUCGCCUUGGAAAAGUAUUGGAUUGUGUAAUGUAUAUCUGUUCCUGGAUGAAAACAUUAUUUAUUUUCUUUAAAUUAUGAAGCUAAUUGUUUUAAAUUAGUGUCGAAAGUUGAAUUGCUUGUACAAGUUAACGUUAAGAAAAGAAUGUGAAGCGUUGGUAUAAACUUGGUAUCCAAAAUACGGCUUGGAAAAUACAGAAGCUCAAGUUUUUUAUGCUGAAGCAACAGAUGUGGAUUUUGUUAUACUGUAGCUUCAUAAUUGGGGCAAAUGUUUUACGCAUUGUUCUUAAAAAAUAUUUAAAUUUUCCAUAAACUUAGACUAGUUUGUUUCUGCCAUUAAAAUAUUUUCUAUAUUUUCCAAUAACAUAUUUAAAAGUUGUAGAUAAGCAAGAAACCUUAGAUAUUUAAUUUUAAAUUAUUUUCUACACUUCAGUGUGUUACCAACUAAAUAGUCAAAAGUGGUUUCAAAAAUGCCACACAUUUAAAAACUUUUAAGCAAUCAAUUAAAUAAUUCGACCCUUUUUAUAAAAGUGUUGGUUGAACUUUGGUAUAACUCAGUUACUUCAAAAAUUGGGCAAGCUUUAGCUUCACUUGUAUAACAGAAAAAAAGUUUCACCUGUUUUCUUUUUUGUUUCUCUUACUUUCUGUGUGCAUCAAAGUGUAAGCAAACAUUGCCUGUGCUGUUGGCACACAAGGUGUUGGCAGUUCUGCCUAAUAGAAACUUGUACGACAACCAUAAUUACUUCAAGCAAAUAUUUUACCAGUAUUAUAAGGUAUACUGUAAACAAUAACUUGUGGCAAAUAUGUAAUAUGUAUCACAUUUUCAAGACCAACCUAGGUAGGUGUUUAAUUUUGUAAGUUUUAGUGAAAUUAGUUGUCACAUGCAAAUUCUCUGUUCUUUCUAGUAGAUUGCAGUCUUUAGAGGCCAUUGUCUGAUUAACUAUCGAGGCCAUGGUCUGGUUAACUAUCUUGGCUUUGGAGGACAAGCCAUGUCGCAGUGGAACUAUCAGAAGUCAAACUUUAUCCUCAUAAUUACACUAAUUUCAUGUCUGUGGCACUUGAGGAAACAACACAGUUCAAUAGUUAUUUUCAUUGCAACCUAUUUUUCUCUCCCGAAAUGUGCUGAAAGCAACUGAACCAAAUACAUACUUAUUAUUGCCUGUAUUGAUAAAAAAAAAAAGUGCAGUAAGUCCUUGAUUAAGGGACCGGUUAUGUUCCUGGCAAUUGUCUGUUACGCAAAAUCUCAGUUGGUUAAAUCAUGUUUCUUCAUAAGGAACAAUGUUAAUGUCACUGGUUAGGUUCCUAGACCUUCCUAAAAUGCCUGCUUUUAUUAUUUGACUAUCUAUCAAUGUAUAAUAAAAUUCUGAUUAUAUAUCUGACGUUUAAGAAACGCAACCCAGUUUGUAAUGAAUGGCAUAAAAUCUUAUUAACAUGCUAUAUAAAAAUUUUACUGCGGGCUUGUGACUUGGAUGCAUCACAUCUCAGCCAAAAAAUUUAAACCUUGACAGCUUGGAUAAAGCAAGGGUGAAGUUUGUGAACAGAUUAGUCCGGUGACAUUGUCAAGAGUGAGGUUUAGAGAAGGAAGAACAUGAAGUGAGAGAGCACGUGAUAAGUGCCUUUGAUGAAGGGGAGGCAGGGCCAGCCUGUUGCCUAGACGUUAUCACACAACAUAUAAUUUAAGCCUAAAUCCGUCAAACAAUUUAUAUGCAUAUAAUUAAACACAUAUGUAGUGUAUCACUGAAUGCAACAAACUAUAAGAACUUAAUCUGUUUACUUUGGGUUAAAACACCACGAAAGUACAGAGCCUAUACAACGGACUAAUGGCUUGCUAAAAAAAAAUUUGGUAAUAGAAUGGUUUAUGUACUUCACAGUCCUGCACUGAUAUCUUUUUGUGAUGGAAUGCAUGGGCUGGUGGAAAGGUGAGUUGGCUGUGGUUUACAAGCUAUUCAAGUAGUACCAACCCCUUACAUUCCUAGUUUGCGAUGCGGAACUGUCUGAAGUAACGAGUUUGGCAGCCGUUAACCAAGUUGAAGGUAACAAAAUAUAUUGUCUGUUACAACAAAUGUCCGUUAAAAAAGUAUCCGUUAAUCGAGGACUUUCUUUAUUAGUUUUAAAUGGUGAAAUAUUAUGUCAAAAAAUAUUAAUAUGAAAAGGAAUAGAAAGACAGAAGUAUUUUUGUGAAAUAGCCCUAAUUGUUAAUUUUGAACAGCAACUAGGCACACAAAUGGUUGCACUAAAUAUGUAGUAUUGUGGCAUCUGGUUAAGGAUGCAAUAGGAGAAGGCUUAAGAUUUGUGAGGAAAACUAAAAAGGUCUUGUGUGAAGCACGUAUUUAUUACAAAAAACUUUCAAUUAACAAACAUAAGCACUUGGUAACGUUUUAGUGAAGACUGGACACAGUCGUUCAACAGUUAUUCCACUCCCCUGGCGGCAACACUGAAAACAGAAUAAAACCAAUUAUCAAUAACAUAAUAUUUACUCAAUUAUAUUUUAUUUACAAACUUUAAUUAUUUUGACCCCUGUCAAAAUUAACUCACUGAUUUAUCUCAGUAAAGGAUUUUUAAAUUAUUUCUAUUAGCUUUACUUUACAAUAUAAUACCACAUGGAAAAUUGUUUUAAAGUUAAAAAAACUCACACAGCCUACUAGAAAUAUUAUUUUAAUGGCGAAAUGCCUACCUUCAAAAUAGAACUUGCUGUGCCCUUCAAGCAAAUUCUUAUUUCGUACAAAUGUUUUAUACAGCUUUUAAACAAAAAUCCUGUUUAACCAUAACUUGUCAAGAAAAUCAUCACUAUUUCAGGAAUAUUACUUUUACUUUUUACUUAGUCUAAUUCAAGUCUCAACAGGUGAUUGAUGAUUACAGUGAAAUUCCGUUACAACGUACUUCAGAAUAACGUAUUUUUCAGUUCAAUGUAUGAUUUUAAUUUCCCGCUUAAAACACCAAUGUAAACAAUGUAAAAAUAUUUCACUUUAACAUUAAAAACAUAUCCUACCUUUCAAUACGACCAUUAUUUUCCAGUUAUCAGGAAAAUUUUACAUAAUAGUUACUGAGUUUGCUCAGGGGUUCUUUAAUAUAAAUGUACAUUAUGAUUAAUUUUUAUCACUUUCAAGAAUCGUUAACAAGUAUAAAACAUAAACAAACAUUGUAUCAAUGAUUCAUAGAAUCAUAGUACAGUGUAACGCACCAUUCGUCCUCCUCCAUGGAUCACACACUUAGUGCACGAGACGAUCUAAACAAUCGAUUGCUCUCUCACCCCUCUUCAAGACAAUUGUUUUUAGCUGCGCCAUCUUUUGGUUAUUUAUAGAGCACGUUUUAAAAGUUUCAAUUACCGCAGAUACAAACAUUAAAUAAAAAUGAUAUUUUAACUUAUAUACAAAAUAGAAAAUCCAAUAAUGUUAAUUUAUGCAGGUUAAUUUUUGAACUCUUUGGUGUCACAACAUGGCCGGCACGCUUUAACUGUUUUGCCAUGAAGGUUGGAAUGUUGCCUGGCACAGCCAUGCUCACGACGCGCGCUACUAUUGCAGAGCUAUGGUUAUGAAUGAGAGGUUUGUUUACGUUUGACGUGGCACGAGGCAAACAAUAUUGUUGAUUGAAUAUUUUAAUCAGGAUGGAUGGCCAAAAAGAUAAAAAGAAACGCAAGCAGUUUACUUUGUAGGAAUAAGUGGAUAUAUUAAAAGAAAUUAAUAAAGGCAGGAAAAAUGCAGAUGUGGUAUGGUCGUUUGGUUUGGUGCCCACUACACUGUCAACAAUAAUAAAAGAUCGCGAAAAAAUUAUUAAACUGUAUGAACAGUCAUCUUUAUCUGCUGGUCGCAAGAGACUUCGCCUAGGAGAUAACGAGAGAAUUCUAUCCCAAUAAAUGUACAUAUCAAUCUGCAAAAUAGUUUAACCUAUUUGUCAUUUUGUAUAAAUUUUGUAUAUGUAAGCCUAGAAUUUAGGCUACUGUAUUAACUUCAGUAAUUUUUUUUAAAUUCUUGUUGUUUUACAAAUAUUUGCUUCCAAGCUAAUGUAACAUUUGAUCCCCUACUACUUUAUUUUUAAAAAUUUAAAAAUACUACGUUUUAAAGGUAACUUUCAGAAAAAAGUACUUUCAUUACUAAGUAUAAAUGUUGAGGCUUUAUUGAUGUACUUUAUAACGAGAUUCUACUGUAUAAACCCCAGCGAGUGUUCGGGUUUGAACUUUUAACUCUACUCGCCUCGUCACUCGGGCUCCACACCAGGACUCGCAGGAUCGGCUGCCGAAGUGUUGGCGAAGUCUUUUCCCUGGUUUCCUUCUCGCCCCUUUGGCGUAGGAAGCCACGGACCUUGAAAUGGAUCGGACUGCGUGCGUGAUGCCGACUCCAACAGGCUUCAGGGUGACUGGUACUUCGUGCGGUUGAUGUCUCCUGCUAACACUUGGUAUUAUUAUGUUAGAGCAACGUCUCUGAAGUGCCCAAGGAGCGGUGUAGAAAUCCCCGUGUAAUGUUUGGGUGUUUCCUUAGAGGUUGUCAGUUGAUUUUGUUUGACUCGUCUAAGUCCCGUUGUGUAUUCUGCCUUUUGUCAACGCUGCCCCACUACUUGUUUAACUCUUUGCGACAACGUUUUACUUAUUCUCGGCAGGUUGAGGGAACUCGCCCAGUCACUCGCUAUUUCCCACUCGCGCAGUGAGUGCGUCAGACACACAGCCUCUAGUCGCCAUUUUAAACCUUUGAGGGGAUAUUCCCAUCGCCCAAGGAAUACAAGACCAAUGUACGACUUUUCCAGAAAACUCGUCAAGCAAGUUCCUCCUCGCUCUCGACGAGUUUCUUGGCGAGUUUUUACCUUUACCUUAUUCUGCGGCUAAGUCCCAACCUCGUUCCGUUGUCAGCGGCUAAGUUCUUUUCUUCCAAAAUAAAACAGAGUCCAACUUACAUUUGGGUCGCAGCUCUAAGUCCAAGAUCCACCUUCGAACAUAGCGACGGAGUUGGUAGUUAGAGCUUCUUCGGGCAGCAUGACGGCGUUGUCAAUUCCGGUGUGUAGUUUCCUUCUGCGGAGCACCUCCUUGUUGUUGGGUUGGAGGCGGAGUUCUCGUAUCGUGCCGGGCGGCCCCUAUUUAUACCAGGAGCUGGGCAAAUGACAUCAUCGUUAGCCAAUCCCAGGGUGCCGUGUCGCUAAAGGCUGUUGCUGUGCGGGGUAGGGGCCCCUUUGCAAGCUGUCAAUCAGCGUGAUGGCAUCGACUAGUCGUCCUGCCACCCGCUUGUCUUGUAUGUGGUGCAGGUGUCGCGCACUAUAGGAGAAAUCGUUCGGGGUGAAAAAUCACACCGUAACAUUAGUAGGUGCUGGCCUGAAAAUGAAUCCUGUAUGUUAGGACACGGUUUUUUUUUACCUAUUUGUGAUGGACUACUUUCUAAUAGUGAUGUAUGCAAUUAUUUUUUACAAAUAACAAUUUUUUUAAAUCUAUAUUCCAGCAGGAAAAAAGUCAGGAAACUAAGGGAAAAGAAAAGGUUGUGACACUGCAUGUGUUAAGAAGAUAAUUACUGCCUAUGCUGGCACCAAAUGAGGGUUGUAAUUGUGUGUGAAUCAGGCAAUGUCACAAGGUUUACCUUAACUGGCAUAUUGUGCUAAUUCAGCCUCAUGACUCAAUGAUGCAGUUGUUUAGGAAAUAUCUUUUCUAGGGAUCUCAAAACAACAGCCAUUUAAAUUCAAACCUUGAUUUUUAAGUAUUAUUUUGCAAAAAUUACCUUUAAAUAAUUUUUAAAAGUUUUUUUAUCAUCUAAUAUACUUUAGGCAUGCAUUGAUAAACACAGAAUGAUAAUAUUCAGCUAUAUUAAUAUCACUUAUUUUCUUAAAAAUUAUAUAGUCAACUGAGUCUUUCCAAGUUCUCAUAAUGUUAGGUUUAUAUAGGAAGAAAUCCGUUUGUUUCUCAGCGAGACCUAAAAUUCGCAAUAGAUUUCCUUGGGAUUUUGUAUCACAUAAACUAUAUAAUGUGAUAAUUUUUAUUUUGAUCUUAAGAAGUUUUCAUGGAAAGGGGUAAAAUGUUGAUGUGGUCAGGGAAUUCGGUGUUGGAUACUGGAACGAUUAAUGGGUGCCACCAUUUUUUGAAGGGCACUGACUCUGCGGAGACUCUAUCCUCUGGGGGUGACGCUGCCCAUGUGGGGACGUGACCUGUAUCCCCCAUAGUGCAGUUACCAAUUACACAUGGACCUGGCCUGCUCUCAGCAUUGAGCACGCUUUAAGAAUAAGAGGAUGAAGUGGGCUCGUAUUGGCGUCCCACACCCCGGCCUAUGGUAACAAGUUCACACGUGGGCAAAUGCUGAGAAAUGCAAAAGUGGCCUUGUGGUUGGAUACUUGAUUCGCAUUGGUGACCGAAUUCCGUCUAGCAGAUUACUAUUAAACGUCUACUAAUCCAAGGUAAGCUCCGAGGAUAAAAAAUUUUUUUUCGAUUACUUAAGAAGCCAGAUGAUGGAGAUCAGUUAAAGUACGAAGUUGAAGUCUUUGGAGAUCUAGAAGCGACUUACCACAGGUGGCAAUGCGAAACUACUGAGACGAGCGAUGGCCACAGAGGCUGCUGGACAAUGUGUCUGACGCCAUGUUGAAAAGACUGUUAGGCCAUUCAAAUUGGUACUGUUAACAUAUUACUAUUAAAAAAUUAUUACACUCCUAAAAUUGUAACAUAGCUGUUCCAGCCUCUAAACCAUGUAGUUAUUUUACGUAUUAAAAUUACAGUUCAAAAAAUAAUUAAAUACUGAGAUGGCUUUCAGCAAGAUCGGGUCCAUUGCUGCAGAGUUGUAGAAUGUUUGUAGGAUCCUGAAAUAACAAGUGCAAUUGGAGGUAAAAGGACACAUUAUUAUUUUUUAUUUAUUAAUGGAACGAGGUACUGACUCUACUGCACCCUCUUGCAGUGGUUUGUGGUAAUGUUGGCACACUAUUCAAUACUUCAAUACACGUAACAUGCACGUUACAGGCGGGAGGUUUGUAGUGCCAUAAGGAUAGGACAGCUCUGUAGGGGGGGAAGCACCGGAUUAUGUCAUUGUUUAAAUUUAAAUUUACCAUAAAAUCUUUCAUGUGGUUUAGUACCAAUAGGUGCUGAAUUAGAAUUCAAGUGAUUGGAAGGCGAUAUAAAGUUGUAAAAUCAUUUUUGGCUAAACCUUUUAGUACCUUUACCCCAAAAAUAAACUACUUCAAUUCCUUAUUGCAACAAAGUGAUAUUGUUUACUUGUGGAAAUACCUUAAUUUAAAAACAUUAUGUCAGAAGUUUGUAAGAUUUUUUCCACAUGUAGUGAGAAAUGUUAAUUUUUUUUUUUAGGUUGCAGCAUAUUUGAAUGAAUUUUUGUGUGUGCAAAAUUUAUGGCCUAAACCGAUACAUGGGUAACAUUUUAUCUUACUAUUUGAUUCGCUCUUGAAACAAACACUUAGAAAACUCACUCUGUCUGGGAGUUUUUGUUUGUGGAAGUUUUGUAGUAAGGAUACCUAUGUCUACAGUUAACACAAUUAUUUCAGGCAUUUUAAAUAAAAAAAGCACUGUAUGCCUUUUAGCCCUGAAAUUCAUCUUUCAUACAUUAAUUAUUUUCAACUACAAUUAAACUUCAUUCUCUUUACUAUAUUAAAAAUAAUCUACAGAAUGUGAAAAACUAGUGUAAAAAUUUAUUUUUGUGGCAAAUUAAUUUAAAUUUAUCUAGAUUAUAUAUUUUAGUAGAAUAACAUAAAACCAACUUUAUAAUUAUGAAUCUGCUUAAAACCUUGAUUCAGUUACUUCAGAUUGAGUUUAGUAGUAAACAGUAGGUAGUACUAAUUCUAAAGUGGAUUUUUAGUUGAGAUUGUGUGAAUGGGAUAUUAUAGUUCCAACUCCUGCCAUGUUGAAGAAAAACAAAUAUUAACAAAACUUUAUUCUAGCAAUUAUUUGAAUGAAGAAUUUGGUAUAAAAACAAGUUUUUUUAUUAUGAGUUGGAACUGAAUCUACUUUUGUGCUAUUUUUGCAAAUUGUAAUUGUGCAUAGGUAUGUAACUGUAUUUACUAAGCUUUUUAUAUGUUAAAAUUAAAAUUUUCUUUCUUCAAGAAAACUUCCGUAUGACAUCUUCUCUGCAAGACAAUAUGAUUGCAAUGUUGUUUGGAAAUAACAAUUUUUGCCCAGUCAUUAUGAUAAAUUUAAAAGUAAUAGGUCCACAAGUCAAAAGUUUUGCUUCAAUGGGAUUCAGUAACUUAAAAAUUGGAUAGUUUUAAGUCUAUUGUCUUAGUCAUAUUACUAUCUGAUAACAAUUCACUGAUUGUGAACUCAAAACAUUGCCAUGUAGGAACAACUUGCAUGAAAAAUCAUAACAUAUCAUAUAAAGGAAAGGGGGCCUGAAACAUUUGAAAGAUUUUUUUGUGAAUGUGUGUUGCGUGAUUUACAAUUUCUGGCAUUCAUUUUUGUUAGCUUAUUGACAAUUACUUUAUCUAGAAUUAAUGUGGGUGAUAGGUAGAGAAUGAUACAACAGAGAUGUUUAAGCGAUUCAAGACGACAAAAGAUUAAUCAAAGCUCCGUGUAGGCAGUGUGUGAUUGGAGAUUAGGGUUUUACUCUGUAGCAAUUUCUGAGAAACAAAAACCAUUCAGUGUAUGUGUGUUAAUAGUUAUACUGGACUCUUUCAGUGUUCCACAGAAAUCAAGGCAUUGAUAGGGUGUGGUAUGUAAGAGAUGGAAAGCACUGCUGGUAAUGUGAUAUAGUUUGCAUCCAAAUUAACAUAAAUUUGUGUUAUUUUUAUCAAUUAAUAAAUUCAGCUCCUUAAUUAGUCUUAUUAGGUUAUGGUUAAUUACAACACAACUGACACUAGCCUGUGAAGACUUGUUUAUGUACAAUAAAAUACUUAAGCAAAUUCUGUCAUUUUAGUGCUUCUGACUGAUCCCCGAGGUAUUUAAAAGUGUCCUCGGCACAUUAUCUUCAAGAUUUGGUGUUGCUCCUGGGAGUUAUUACACUAUUUAUACACCACUUGCAUUAAGGUUGGUUACAAUAAUUUGAAUCUUUAAUGAAACUUUGUAUAAUAGUUAGGGAUGUGCGGGUACUCGAUAAUUUCAACUUCGAUUCGAUUCCUCAACUAUUUGAACCCGGAACCGAAACUAAAAUUUGGAAUCGAAAAAUCCUGGCAAAUUUUUCAAAAAAAAAAUCUAAGAAAGAAAUUUACGGUUACCGUUUAACUGAUUGCUAGAAAUAAAUUUAUUCGUCAAUUAUAAUUAAUGUAACUCGUAAAAUUGCCGCGCACUUUCACUCAAGCAAAUUUCAUAACGUUAUGAAAUAUAGGUUAGGCCAAACAUUAAAUUUUUUACAAAGAUCAUGUAUGAUAUAAUUUACACGUUCAGAACCACUAACUGUUUAGGCUUGCAAAGAUAAAUACCUUACGAAAACUGCUUGUUUAUGAAAUAGUUUAACAAUCUGCUGAAACAUUUUUAUUUCUGCCUACUUACGGCAUAUUACUCAUGACCAUUUCUCACGUUGCACGGGAAAAAAAUAUUGUUGGUUUAUUUGUUUUGAAACAUAAAUAACACACAUUAAAAAUGAAUUUUACGACCAUAAACGCACUAUUUUCUGUUAACAGUUAAAAUAGUUCCUUGUUCAAUCAUACAUUUAUAAAGAUCGCCAUUCUGUGACAGUCUUCUGUUAACAGAAUAACCAACAUUAAAACAUUCACGACAUAAAAAUAUUUUAGCGGUGCCGGACGUGUAGACCAGUUGACAUGCCGGGAAGCCUACAACUCACAUAGUUUCGGUUCCCUGCAAGAAUUUCCGAAGAUUUCCGAAGUUUUGCGUUUUGGUAUUAACACCACUUCAGCCGCUAAAUCAGAAGUUUCCAAUGAAAACAAGCAUGUUGUGACUGACGUAACCUAACCUAACCCUUCGAUUUUUUUAAAUUUAAAUUUUUGAGAGAAAUCCGAAGUUGCACGAACGUGGUAGGGAACCGAAACGUGAGUUGUAGGCUACCGUGACAGGCCACCAUUUAUCAUAGAUCGCGCGUGCCGACACAAAGGAAUCGAAUCACUGAAUCGUAACAUUCUGUCAGUAUCGAAGUACUGUUUACUGUUUAUGCUUUUGCCUUUUACAAAACUUAAUUAAAGCUGAUCAUUGUUGUGUGGUUUAACUUCGUGAAGUUAAUAAAUUAAUCAAAUUUACGUAUUUUUUCCGUUUUUAGGGGAACAGAUCUUGUUGAAAAAACAAAGAAAUAUAUGUUACUUAUUGGAUUUAAUUUAAAUAAACCUACUGGCUAGGCCAUGCUGCAUACGUCAUAUGUGCAAAUGUAGGUUAAUUAAUAAAUUAUACUUCUUAGCGCAGCACGCAUCGCACUAUCUCGGUGAUUCCAGUGAGGCAGCUGACUUUACCGUUGGUAACAUUUGACAUCUUUAAACAGUGGUGAAGUGAUUAAAUAAGUAAUGGAUGAAAAUUGUGGCAAGUUUAAAGGCCGCAGUCAUCGUCAAGAAUUGUAUUUUUUAUUCAUUUAAGUUAAAUACAUAUGGUUCAAAAUAAAUGCAAUUUUUUUUAGUUAGUCCUACCAGACUAAUGACUAUGUAGAUAAAGUUACCCAAAGAAUCGAAAUCGGAAUCGAAUUUCAACUCGUGGUGAGAAUCGAAUCGGAAUCGAAUUGAACUGAAAAUCAUGGAAUCGCACAACCCUAAUAAUAGUGUCAGCUAGGGAUGUACGAGUACCUGAUAUUUUCGGGUACGGUUCGAAUUUACAAUUACGUGAACCCGGAAUCGUACGUACGUGGAUUCGAACAGUAUUACGAAUAUUCACAAAAGUUAUAAAUUAAUUUAAUACGGCUCAAAAAUACUAGCAGUGAAAAAUAAAAUUAGGCUACUAUUAUGUAAGUAUUUAUAAUAUGAUGUAUCAAAGAAAGAUAUAUUAAUUAAAUAAUUAACACAGUGACAUUAAAAGAAUUUUGAUAUUUCGAGAGCUUGAACUAUAAUUACGAAUUUCGUCGUAUAGCAAACUAUAAACUAAAAACAAUUACAUACCUACAAGAAAAAAAGUCUUCGCUAUUUAUUGGAGAAAAAAAUGGUUUCGUUUGCUGAAAUGUUUAUAAAACUGAGAUUUCCCUGUGGCGUGCAGUUUAUUACGAUUGAGUUGGAGAAUCGAAUAUAUUUUGGUUGUCAUAUUUUAAAGUGUUUAUUAUUAAUUCAGUUUACAUAAUUAUAAACAUUUGAAUUUCAGUGUAAUAAAUAAUUGCCAAUAGUUACAGUUAGAAAAAAAGAACACACAUUAUUUUUAAAUUAAUCAGUUAUUUUUAAUUAUUUUGUGCUUAAUAUUCAGAAUCGGAUUCAUAUCUCAAAUAUUGCCAGGGAUUCGAAUCAGAUUCGAACCGAACUGAAAAUCAAGGAUUUGCACAUCCCUAGUGUCAGCAAAAAAAAAAGUCUACUUUUCUAUUCUGUUAUCGUUUCAUUGUCUUUGACAUACUUCUUCUUGAGCCCCAUUCUAUCAUAGAUUGAAUUCAUUGAUAAAGGACAAUUUUUUUGUUUGUUUUACUGCACAGUGAUAUUUUUGCUUUCAUUUCUUGUAAGUGCAGGUGAGACCAUGUAAAACAAGCAUUUAACCAUUUUUAACUAUCACUGAAUCUAGCGGAUGAUGUUAUUGUGUUGUGAUUUGUAAGUUUUUUCCUCCAUUUUGCAGUUUUUUUUUUACAUUUUUAACAAACCUAGCUAUAUAGAGCCAAGGGAGCGGACUACUGACAGUGUGGUAUUUCUGACGGUUACCUUAAAAUAAUUCAACAAACCAUAACCUCAUGCUGGUUAUUUGUAGGAUAGUGAAGUGGAAAAACUCUCAAGUGAUGUUAUCUCAAGCGAACUCACUCUCAAUUCUGCAAACAACCUUAUGUUAUAUACUACCCUGCUUUUGGCUGUGAUGGUAAAAACAAAAAACAAACAAAUUGGUUUUGGUAACUUGGUAUAACAGAGUGACUGGAAAACAACAGGAACUUAUUUAUUAUUUUCAUGAGUUACUAUGUAGUAGUUUAACAUAUUAAAUGAACAUUUUCAAACUUUUAUUUUGUGUGUUUGUAGGGUACCUUUACUUUGGGUUGUGCAGUAUUGUAAAAAUUUGAGUAUUUAUGAAUUUUUUUGGUUAUUGAUGUAUUAUAUUAGAAUAAGUGAUGGGAUGAUUGGUUCUUCAGUGUCUCUUAUUAUUGAAGAAAGUGUUUGAUCUGACUGCAUUCAAACUCUCAAGUCUUCCUAUUUAAAAAUUAAAAAAAUACCUUUUACUAGUAUUGAAAGUAUUUAAGGGUGUCCAAUAUUAUGUUUUAUAUGCAGAAUUACAUUUAAUUUUGCUACAUAAAAUGAAAAUUAAGAUAGUAAUUUUACGUUGCAUGUAGUAUUUAUCACAGUUUGUAUAAUGUUAAAUGUAUAGACAUAUUAUUUUAGAUUUAAAACAUUAACAUAUACUACAUAAAUUCAGCAAUCAAGAUUUUUAUUUAAUGCUUGAAAAAAUUUUGCGAAAGCCCAUUAAUAUUUAAUGUGGCUAUCAUAUAAAAUUGGGAAUAAAGUUUCUCUUGUAAUAAAUAAUAUUUAUUUAACAUUUUGACAUGCUAUUGUAAUAUUUUUCUAUUAUAUGAACUCAAAUAGACCUUUUUCAUUGCUUGGCAGUCAACAAAAAAAAAUGCACUCAAACCUUAAAAUUUAACAGAGAUGUUAUCUAUAAAAUAGCCAUCCAACUAUUUACAGUAACAAACACAUCACAAGUAUUAAAAAGGGGCAGAGUAAAACAUACGUGUCAUCUUGAUAUGUAAUAUAUAAAAACAGGUAAAAUUUUCAUGUAGUCUGUACAAAGUGGAUUGCAAUUGGUUUUAAUAUCAAGUAGUACAUAGUGAUAACUGGAGUCUAGAAUUGUAGGCAUAUAUUAAAUGCAAAGGUUUUCUAUUCUAAGAUGAAUUUUUGUUAAUAAUGUAGAUAUCUUAGGGAUAAAAAGACAUUCAUUGAUGGCCAUAAUUCAAUCUAUUUUGUGGGCUGGACACCGUCUUAAAGGUUUUUCAGAACAAUUAAAUAUGAGGUAAAAAAAAUUUUAAUAUAAAUUUUGUGUUAUACGUAACCAAAUUUGUAUCUACUUAGGAAAAAAAUAUAGUUGGUAGUUUGUUUUUUUCACUAUAUUGUAUUAUUAAUGAAUAAUUAAAAAGGGAAGGGAUAGAAUAGAAACUAUAACUUAAUUGAAAAACCAGAAAAAAUAUGAACCAUCCCAUCACAAUGUUUAAUGUAAAUAAGAAUUUGUAUGAACCAUAGUCAUAGAUAAAUAAAACAAUUGUGAUAUUUACAUGAAACAUUCAUCCAGUUAUUAUAUGUGAAGAAAGAUAGGUAUCUUUGUUUUAUCUUUUACUGAUACAGUAUUGUAUGUACCUAACUGUGUAAUGUUUUUUUUAAGUGGGCCAAACAUUUAGUUAUAUAAAGUGAGAAAUUUUUUAGUUAAAUCUUUUACAGAAUUUUAAGUAAUUUUCAAGGGCCUUGUGGAUACCUAAUGAGAAUUUUUUUUUAGUGUCAUUGUAAAUAACUGUAAAUAUAUGCUUGUAGUAUUGGUUUUAAUUAAAGUGUAAGUAUGUUGUGCAAUAUUUUCAGUCAAUUUUAAAUAGUGCAGAUUCUUCAAUAUUUUAGCUAUUUUGCCUGCUUUUUUGUGUUUGGUUAAAAUUGUGUGACUUUAGUCUGCUAGAAUAUAAUAAAUAUUUAAAAUUGAGU